UUCUUCACUUCUGUUUAAUCAGCAUCUAAUAUUUGCACAGCACAUCAAAAGAAGGAGAGUUCUUUGAAUUGGGUGGAGCUGGUUUCUAGAAAUGGGACAGACUUUGAGUAUAUAUGCAAGGGUUUAUUACAACUCUGAAGUUUUAGCCUGGACAGACCACAAGUGAAGACUCCAGCCAUGGCAAUUCUACCAGAGUCAGCAACGCUUUUUCUAAUUUGCACCCUGGUUAUGAUGUGCGUGAAAAUCCUAUUGGACCUGCCCAAGAAGAAGAAUUACAAAUUCCCCCCAGGACCCAGACCUUUGCCAAUAAUUGGGAACAUGCACAUUCUGGAUAUUAUCAGGCAGGAUUAUACUUUCAUGAAGCUGGCAAAGAAGUAUGGCACUUUCUUCACAUUCCAUUUCGGCAAAGUGAAAGCUGUGGUUUUGAUUGGUUAUGAAGCCAAUCAAGAGGCCUUGGUGAAGGCAAACUAUGAUUUUGGAGAUCGUGGUGUGAUACCUAUUUCUGAUGACUUUCAGCAUAACCAUGGGGUCCUUUUUUCAAAUGGGGAAGGAUGGAAAGUGACUCGAAGAUUUACUCUGUCCAUUCUACGAGAUCUUGGGAUGGGAAAAAGGCCAAUCGAAGGCAGGAUUAUUGAUGAACUGCAGUUCUUAAAUGCAUUAAUUAAGUCUCAAAAUGGUAAACCUUUUGAGAAAAAGCUGUUUUAUAAUGCUCCCCCCAAUAUAACCUUCAGUAUGCUAUUCGGGAGACGUUUUGAUUAUCAUAACCCAACGUUUAAGAAAAUGGUCGAUAUAAUAGAUGAUGUGGUUAAACUCACUGGACAUCCUUCAGUCAAGUACUAUAAUGUGUUCCCAAUACUAAAGCACUUCCUGAAAACUCCUAGCAUUGUUGUAAAGAGAAUUGAUGAGCUUAAUGAAGUUUUGCUUGAGCUUUAUAAACAAGCACAAGAGUCUAAAUGUGAAGAUUCCUUCAGGACUUAUGCUGAAGCGUUCCUACAGAAAGGAGAAAGAGAAAAGGCCGUGGAGGAGAAAGAAAAAAUAUUUACAGAGAAGAACUUGUUGGCUUCAACAUUUGAUCUCAUGCUUGGUGGUUCAGAAACUACCUCCACUACAUUACAGUGGGGCAUCCUGCUCAUGCUAAAAUACCCUCAUAUACAAAAAAAAGUUCAGGACGAGAUUGAGGAAGUGAUUGGGCUGGAGCGUCCUCCGAGGUGGGAUGACCAGAAGGUGCUGCCUUACUGUCUGGCAGUAGUGCAUGAAAUUCAACGUUUUGGUAACAUCCUUCAGUACUUACCACACGCUACGCCCACAGAUAUCAGCUUCAGAGGCUACACUAUACCUAAGGGAACCACAAUUGUUCCUCUUUUCACCUCAAUUUUAUAUGAUGAAACCAAAUGGGACAGCCCCAGGGAAUUUAACCCGAAUCAUUUUCUUGAUGCUGAUGGGAAGUUUUUAAAGAGAGAUGAAUUCUUUGCUUUCUCUAAAGGACGCAGGGUGUGUGCUGGGGAGAGUCUGGCCAGGAUGGAGCUAUUCCUGUUCUUUACAGGAAUGCUACAGAAGUUUACCUUCACCACUCCACCAGGGGUGAAAAAGGAAGACUUGAACCUCACUGCAGAUGCUUACUUCGUUAUGAGACCUAAGAGCUACCACGUUGUUGCUACCCCAAGAAUGUAGACAGCUGCUAAUUAAAAUGAAUGACAACAUA